AUGACUACUGUCCCAGCUCCUUCGCUCGCUACGGACAGAGAAGAAUGGCCAGAUGCAGAUUUUGAUCUCCCGGAGGGACAGCCGUUGCAAGCAGAUACUGAUAAAUAUGACGGGGAUGAAGAGGACUGGGACUUAGAGAUGGAUUUAGCGAAAACUGGCGGCGCAAAUAUCGUUGUCCGGGCUCAGGCCAUUGACAUGGAAGGGUCAUCUUACCCCCAGAUGGUCACCAUUCGUCCUGCACAGAACCAACAGGGAACUGACGACGAAGAAGACGAUGACGGUGUAUCGACUAUCAAGGUCGCCGAAGGGGUCUCGACUAUAAAGUUCGCUGCUUUGCCAAAGCCCGUUCCAAAAGCUACACAGGCCCCCAUUGAUGAGGACUUUGAAGACGGCUUUGCCUUGCCAUCCGACCUCACUCAACUUUCCCUUGCUCCUUUAUCCCUAAAUCACAGGUCCUCAAAGAACUCAAUUGAAUGGGGGGACAAAGACCAUACUUCCUCUUCACAAUCCUCCGAUGCUUACUCGACUCUUGGCUUUGCCAAUGCUUCUCCCUCCUCUAAUUCAACCUCUUCAGUCUCCCUUCCAGACACCGAGACUGAGGACGAAGACGAAGACGAUCAUAUGGAUGGGCUCGUCAUUCCUUCUGGACUUUUCGAGUCCCGUAAUGCCGGCUCCAAGCUCACGCAUAUUCUGGAACUACGGCAAAAGGCCGUACUCGCCAGUGACUCCAUCAAGGUCGCAAGUCCCGAUCCCGAAGAAGAUUUCGAGAUGGGUCUUGUCAUUGACGACGACGCUGAUUUCAGUCCUAGCAGGCUGCUCUACAGCGCACAGCAAAUGCGUCAUGCGAAUCGCAGUCAGAGUAUGCCUAACUCCCGGCCGAAACAACUCAAACUAGCAUCUACCCGGGUCAAAUCCAUCGAUCGGGCGAAAUCCCCAGUAAAUCCUCCCGUCUCUUCCUCGCGGCAAUUUCAGAAACUCCGACUCUCUCCCUCGCCUCCACUCAACCCUCCUUCCCGCUCUCAAACCUUCCAAACAUUAUCAUCCAUUCCUUCUCCUCCUCCAUCAUCUUCCUUCCUUGCUCCGAAACCAGGUAGCCUACGUGGUCAAAAGUCACAUUCAGUGCUAAAGCCACCGACGCCACCCGCUUCCACCCGCAAACUCACACGCAAAGCAUCUCUGUCGUCAUUAUUGGAGAAUGGCUCAUCCCAAGCAUCAGGUUCGGGACCUUCCGCAGGGCCAUCUAAAGCUAGAUACGAGGAACCUACUGUGGCUUCUCGCGCCAAGUCGCAAAGAAGCACGUCGCGGCUUCGAGGUAUAGAUUACUCUGUUCCCCCCACUCGGCCUUCUACUCCAUCCACCAAUCCUAAUGCUGUACGUCUUACUCUUCCGACUGUCACUCGUAUAAAAUCACGGCCAGCGCUUUCCUCGGUAUUCAAUAAUGGUGCGCCUUCAAGUCCCGGGGUGCAACCUACCUCCUUCCGCACUGCAUCUCCAGUGCCCCCGAGACCGCCCUCCAAUCUAUCGAAUCGGGCAUCUCGUAUCGUCUUACAACCUUCUGCUCCAAAAGUCAUGAAAAGACCAAAACGUCAACGGACUUUCGGUGAUGGGACCGAACUUGACGGCUUUGAGGAUUUACCUACCGAUCGCGACAAAGAGAGUCGCUUUCGGGUGCAACCAAAAGGCUAUGGCAAUCGUAUACCGGGCGGAACUUUUUCAUCCAAACCGUCAGGCGAUAAACAUUCUGAAAAGAAUACCGAAAAGAAUACUAUAAGGAGGAAGAGGAGGGAAGUCUCCGGCGGUUCAGAAUCAAAUUCCGCUUCAGCCCCAACAGUAAACUCCUUACGACGGUCUUCUAGGUUGGAUUUGCCUCCGUCUUCCAAAAAUCAAUCCCCGAGGAAAAAGAACAAGCUCGCCUCCCCAAACGCCCCGAGAAAGAAACCAACCCUCAUCCGCAAUUUAGGUGGCGCUGGUGCCCCUAAAGUGGUCGGUGAUAUGCAUUGGAAUCCUCAGACCUUGCGGUGGGAGGGUAACGAACAGGUUCUCCGUGACUUCGAUUCAGUGGUUACAUCAACACGGCCCGCUCUCAUUACCCAUCUCACUGGCUCAUCUAUUGGAUCACCAGUUGGAACCUUUGCUACUGGCGCACGGAAAGUCGGAAAUAUGAUUUUCGAUCCACAGCGGAUGUGUUGGAUAUCAACGUUGCCACCAGAAGAAGAAGAGCCUGAUGUGUUCGCCAAUCUGGCUGAUGAUGAGGACGAGGAAGAUGUCAAGGGGGACACCAUUCGGGUGAAUCUACAAUCCGCACUGACCACUCCUGACACCAGCGUCAAUAGCAGGACAUCUACCUCGAUGUCAAAUACUACUGGGGAUGGAAGUCCAUCACGUAGUAGCUAUGGUCGAGCUCCAUCAGAGUCUGGAAGUGAACGAGGAUCGAGAGCUUCUAUGGUGUAUGAGAUUGAUGGGAAUUUCAUUGAGAAGUGCAGAGCUGCAGAAAAGCGCCAUGUUGCUGAAAUGAAGGGCUGGAAGGAUAUUUUGGCAAAGCAAGAUGUCCUGUACGAGACAGAACGUCCAAAUCUGUACGAAAUCAGGGACCUUGCAACACGCAAGUAUUGA